GCAGAGAAGCAAGCAGAAGUGGCAGCUAUCGAAUGGCGAGCUCGCCUGGCCGCAAAGGAGAACGAGCAAGCCAUCAGUGCUAUCGAGGAUGCUACCAAAAAGGCACGUGCAAAAGCCGAAGCCGACGCAGAGUUCUAUCGGGCAGCCCGUCGUGCCGAGGCCGACCAGCUACGCCUGACUCCCACUUAUCUAGAGCUGGAAAAGUAUCGAGCGUUAGCUCAAAAUUCUAAAAUCUACUUUACGACGCUGGCUCGUGACCCUCUACUGGUCAAGAGUGGCAGUGCCGAUCAGGAAUCGUCAGAAGGGUCGUCUUCCUCACUCUUAUCCGGCCUCAACACCUCGGACCUCCUUAACACAGUGAUGGAGACCGCCUCUUCUGUGGGCAACAGUGACGUGCUGAAGGGUCUUUUGACCGAAGUGCUAACGACCCUGGCUGGAAAUUCGGACACGAGAAAUGAAUCUAAUCAGGCAGAAUCAGCAGACAAUGAUUUGGAUGAGCCGUGA